AUGGUAUUCUACAUGAUUGGCUUAGGCCUUGGUGACGAAAAAGACAUAACAGUAAAAGGUUUAGAAAUAAUAAAAUCUUGUGACGAGAUAUAUUUAGAACAUUACACAAGUAUAUUAGGUGUCGAAAAGGAAAAGCUAGAAAAUUUUUACGGUCGUCAACUAAUAAUGGCGGACCGUGAAAUGUGUGAAGAAGGCAUCGAUAAAAUCCUCGAAGACUUAUCAAAAAUUCCCGAAAAAAACAUCGCAUUUUUAGUGGUAGGAGAUCCUUUUUGUGCAACAACCCAUUCCGAUACAUAUUUACGUGCAAUCGAAUUAGGUAUAAAAGUUGAAGUCAUCCACAACGCAUCUAUUAUAAAUGCAAUAGGUUCUACCGGAAUGUAAGUAUAUAGAUUCGGUGAAAUUGUAUCUAUACCCUUUUAUACUGAAAAAUGGCGUCCAUAUAGUUUCUAUGAUAAAAUUUCUGCAAAUAUAAAACACGGGUUACAUACUUUAUGUUUACUUGACAUUAGAGUAAAAGAAAGAACUGAUGAAAAUAUUCUAAAAAAUAAAAAAAUUUACGAACCACCAAAAUAUAUGAGUUGCCAAGUCGCCAUAGAGUAAAUUUUAGAAGCUGAAAGUGUUAAUAAAACAGGAUCAGUUAAUAAAAAUACUAAAUGUGUGGCAGUCGCAAGAGUUGGGUUUAGUAACUAGCUUAUUAAAGCAGGUACUUUAGAGGAGUUUUUAACUUAUGAUAUGGGUGGACCAUUGCAUUCGUUGGUUAUUUGUGCAAAUGAACUACAUCCGAUUGAAAAUGAUAUGUUUAAGUAUUUUUCGAAGAAAUGA